UUCACAGAGAUGCUUGGUACCGAACUUGGUCACAAAGUUUCUGCAAAUUUUGUCCAAAAAGGCUACGAGGAGUUUCUGAUCAAGAACAAGAAGCCACCUCCCACAAUGCCAAAAAAGAAGCCGAUGACAAAGGAACAGAAAAGAGCAGAGAUGAGAAAACGAGGCAUAUUUGUUGAAGCCGAUGAUACAGAGAUGGACUAUUCAGACAUGGAAAAAAUGAGCUUCGAAGUGCAUCCUGCAGUAUGCCAUAUGCGCACUCGGAAGUUGAGAUGGAAGACAGAAACCCCGGCGGAGCGAGAAGACAGCCCAAACAAGGAACGGCGGCGCAAGUCAAAACAUAAGAAACGGAGGCGAUCCUCUAGUGCAGAAAAGUCAGAAAAAAAGAAGGAAAGUAAGGAAAGUACAAAGGAAGGAGCCCCGGGAGAAGAAACCACGACACCACCUGUUCCCAAAGAAGGUGAAAGUUCUUCAAUCCAAUGCGAGCCCACACAAGCUUCCACUUCUCUCGCGAUUGCACCCAAGGAAGGCGAAGGCGGACCUCCUUCUUUGGUAGCGGCACCGACAGAGGAUUCAACUUCUCUUUCCAUUGCUCCAGAAAAGGCCCUAGAAGAAAAAGCUAAAGAGCAGAAGAAAAGUCCUGUCAGAAGUCCCGAAACAAUUUCCACCACUGCUCCAGUAACAACAACCACAACACCAGCCGACGAUGCAAGGAGUAAGAGAGAUGACAUAUUUGCAGAGCUAGAAGAGGAUGUAGAUCUUACAAAAGUCUUAGGCGAUUUUGACACAGAAAGUGUUGAAGGAGUUGGUGCAAGUGAUAGGAGAACACUGGAGGCGGCAAAGAAGAUUCUCAAAAUUGCACACAGAGAAAAGGCCAUUGAAAAGACUUUGACAAAAGAAGAAAAUGAGAUUGUCUCAAAAUUCUUUUCUGGAAAAAUCCCGUAUGACCAAAAUGUGCUGAAUGUACUAGAUCGUGUACUGGACAAGACAAUUGAGUAUCUACAAACACACGGCGCCAAUUUAGAUCCGGAGACGAAGCGGCUAAUAGAAAAAAGGAAAGCGCUCAAGGCAGCUAUGCUGGAAACUAUGCUCUCUACACCGAAAUUCAUCCCCAACACAUGGGUCCAGCAUUACGAUAGAUUGCAUAAGCAAGCCAUGCAAGACACAAAAGGUAUCAACUGGGCAAGAGUAAUCCUCUUUUAUCCUCGUCAAAGGUCAUUUGACGAUGGCGAAGCCGAUAUUUUUGGCAACUUCACCAGAAAUCGUAACAGACACUGGAUACUCGGUGUGAUAUUGGGACCAAAUGACUCCAAAAGCUUCGAAGAGACAGAAAGGGAAAAGCAAUCAAAGGGUCUCUUUAUGGACACUGUCAUCAUGGAAAAUGCCAAGAAUGAACGCGCCACUACCACAGCUGGCACGACAACGAGCUUGCGCACAGACGUGAGCGAAACAAGAUCCCUCCAGGCAUAGCGCUCAUUGAUAGAAGAAAAAACGAAUGUAGUAAAUACUCUCUGUGAA